AUGCAGAAAAAUGCGAAUGCUGACGACUUGCAAGGUGCUAGGACACUGGAGCUCUUCAGCCAAGUCAUCAGCAAACAUGGGCGUCGGCAACUUUGGGUGGCAGCCUUGAAUGUCUUCUUCUACUUGCAGACCGCAAGGCUCCAGAUAGACACGGUGGCACAUGGAGCUGUUGUGAAUGCUUGCGGAAGAGGAGCGAGAUGGAAUCAAGCCUGGCACCUCCUCCAAGAGGCUCAGACGAUGACUCUCAAGCAGCACAUCGUGACUUACAACGGUGCCACGAGCGCCUCUGGCAAGGCAUGGCGUGCAGCGCUUUCAUUGCAAGUCGCGGCAGCUAACAGUCAAGUGCCACCCGACAUCAUCACCUACAGCACUGCGAUGAGCUCGGUUGGAACAAGACAGCGCUGGCAAAGUGCCCUAUCUUUAUUCAGGGACCUUUACAAUUUGGCAAUGGAAUGCGAUACAGUGUCUGGCAACGCUGUCUUGAAUGCAUUGGAAAAGGGAAAGCAGUGGCAACGAGCUGCACACUCCUUCACCGCUUUGCUAACAACAUCCCUUCGGCCCAGCAUAAUCACGUCAAAUUCCUUGAUGAGCGCAUUUACUACUCUUGAGCAAUGGCAAAACAGUAUUUGUUGGCUGGCCCAUACCCGAAGGCUGUCGCUUCAGCAUGAUGCCUUCAGCCACAGCGCGGUUGCAUGCGCCUGCGAAGUCUCUGAACAGUGGCAAGUUGGCCUUUACUACAUGGAGCUUGACGCAAGCCAGAGCCUAGUCCUGUGCAAUGCAGCUGUCAGCACCUGUGAGAAGUCUGGUCGCUGGGAGUUUGCCACUACACUUCUUAAGCAUACCCACCGCAAAGGAAUGAAACCAGAUACCAUAACACACAAUGCUGUCUUGAGCUCCUUUGGUCAAGGCUCUCGGUGGGCUGAGGCAGUGCUAACUUUGUCAGACCUGUCCGGAUUGGAUGCUGCGAAUACCAUUACCUACAACAGUGCACUGAGCACAUGUGCCGAAGCUCAUCAGUGGAAGCCAGCCAGUCGCAUCCUGGAGAAUUUGAGGCGGAGGCACGCUGACCUUGCAGACAUGUCUUGUUUGCAAGCCGACCAGAUAACGAUGAACACUGCCCUGAGCGCGCUGGAAGGGGCGCAAUACUGGAAGCAGACUCUGGAUCUGUUUACUUGCGAUCAAUGUGCUGGCCUGCAGCGCGACGUGAUCUCUUACAAUUCUGCCACGUAUGCCUGUUCGGCUCAGGGCGCUUGGGUGCAGGCUGCACAGCUAGUGACAGACGCGAUAGAGGUACAGCUUGACAUCAACACAAUCACGUACAAUGGGGCCAUUCGGGCACAUUGCCAGGCAUCUCGCUGGCAGGCGACGUUGCGCUCUGUGUUUGUGAGCAUGAGGGGACGGAGGCCAGAGCCAGACAUGGUCAGCUACGAGGCUGCAGUCAACUCCUGCGAAACCUGCGGCAAGCUUGAGCAGCAAGCUUCCCUGCUACAUCUUCUCGAGAAAAGGUCUCUGCCAAUAAUUCGUCCAGACCCAGACAGUUGCAGUUGA